CAUGCAUAAUGCACUUUUGAACGCAGCCGAGGCUCUGGAUACCUACAUCAAAGACUACAGUCUUCCUUCCUUUUGGAAUUUCUGCAGGAACCAGGAUUCAGGAAUCAGGAGCAUUUGAUCUUUGAGAAACUCUGCAUUUUGGUGGCUGCCCGUUUCCUGGCACCUUCGUGGAACGGACCCGUGGAAGUUGAAGUUGGAACCGGAGGAAGGUUUGCGUGACAAAUCCAACGCAGUCAAUUAUAAGACUCCAUGCCAAUGGCUUCACUAGUUGCGCCUUCAUCCCCAUAAGACUUCAACUUUCAGGCAGCAGAAUCUCCAAAGCCGAUGGGAGGUCCAGCUGGAACAAACCCCUCGGUGGUAAGUAUUCGAGAAGGGAAACAACACCUCUGGUGAUGCCCUGACCUACGCCCUGCGCUGAGCUCGCUCCACAUCUGGCACUAGCAAAUCGGGAUCGCGCACCUUGGCGGUGUUGUGAUGCUGGCAUGGUAGCAUCAAGAAUCGAGGGGAAUCGAUGGGGAAUGGGGAUUGAAGCUAGAAUGUUUCCCGCUCUCUUUUCAAUGCCUCCUGCGGCUAGGAAAGUGCAACUCCAUCCUUCUGCCGCCCCAGCAACUGAGCAUUCAAUGUAAGCAGAUUGGAAAGUUCCACACUCAGCUUGAACACUCAGCUUGACAUCCCCCAGAUUGGGCGCCAAAGUUCGCUAGAGGGUCUGCAUACAGGAAUUGUUGCUUCCAGAAAGCCAGUCAACAAAGGAGCAGGAUCCAGCAGGCCCCAGCAAAGCAAGCCUAUAAACUGUAGUCAAUUGAGAAGGGGAUAAGCAGGGAAGUGCUCAGACCGCUUCAAUAGCCGCCAUGUCUCCUGACCGUGAGCCCAGCCCCACUAGUGUCAUCCCUUCUGCCCGAAAGGACAAUGGUCUAAAACGAGACACCAAUCUCACCGCACUGUCAGCGAAGUCCCUUCCUGCAUUUGCCGGGGACUUCAUCAUCUCCCCCCGGGACGGCCCAGCAAAAGGGGAAGGAGAACUGGCCCCUCAAGGCCUUGUCAGAGCAGACCUCGCAUCCCUGUCCACUCUCGACCGGCGCGCACACCUUGAAACAGGGCCUGCCGAGAAUGGGGUUCAGGUUCUUGGGUUAGGGAAAGCCUGGAAUAUUGAUCUCGAUGCGGUGAUGUGCAUGAAUCUGAUUGCGUCGGGGGCAUUUGGGUCCGUGUACUAUGGGCGGUACCGGGAGAAGGAGGUUGCGGUUAAGAUCCUUAACCCACCGUCCGAAGUUUCGGACGCUGUGAUGAAGGAGCUGGCGGACAGCUUCCAGAGCGAGGUGGGGGUGUGGCACGGGCUGAGUCAUCCCAACAUUGUACAGUUCUACGGCGCCUCCGCCGGCACUGUGAAGACAGCGGUGAAGGGCGUCGAAGGACAGAAGCCGGGCGCGCCUGUCUGGGCGAUCGUGACGGAAUAUCUUUCGGGGGGGACCAUCAAGGACCUGCUCAAGAAGCAGCGGCGACACCCCUGGAAGGUCGUGGUCAGCAUCGCGCGGGGUAUCGCGUCAGGGCUCGAGUACCUCCACAGUCAAGGGAUCGUACAUCGGGACAUCAAAAGCGACAACCUGCUCUUGGACUCGCACAAAAACGUCAAGAUCGCGGACUUUGGCGUGGCGCGCAUCGAGGCGGCGAACCCUGUGGACAUGACCAGCGAAACCGGGACCGUCCGGUGGAUGGCGCCCGAGAUCAUCGACCACCAGCCGUAUACGAAGAAAGUGGACGUGUACUCGUUUGGGAUCGUGCUGUGGGAGCUGUGCACGGGGGAUCACCCUUUCCGCGAGCUCACCAUGCUGCAGCUAGCCUACCAGGUCGUCAACAAGGGCCUCCGCCCGCGCAUCCCCGAGUACGUCCCAAAAGAGCUGGGCGCGCUUAUGCGGCGCUGCUGGGACCAGGAGGCGUCGAGGCGCCCGGAUUUCGCGGACGUCAUCAAAGAACUAGACCGGAUUGACCGGGGGCUGGGGGAGGAGAAGGAUACCCGGGCCCCGCUGCAGAAGCUGUUCGGGGCCUGCUUCGGGGGGGGCAAGUGAAACCGUGUUGAAUACGGGGGUUGGAGGGAGGGAAGGGAUGGAGGACCGGCUGACUUAUGGACACGUCGUCAAGAGGAAGGGUUUCAGAAGAGGAGCGUUUGAGGGGAAGAGGAUGGACGUUUGAGUUGCGGAUCCGCAUAUGGGCGGCGGUCUAUUGUGCCUCCGCUUCGGUCGACUGGGUGUUAGCGGCCGUCGAAAGUGCGCCUCAACGAGGGACGAACGAAUGGGUUUGAGGCGAAGGUGAUGGCGUCAAGCUGACGUGGCUGCAAGCGGUGGCCAAGCGGCACGUGGGGCAUCCUAGAAAGGGAGGGGGCCGCGAAAAACUGCAUUACAUUAUUGCAACCUCCUAAGGGUCUGCAAAAACGUGUUGAUGAUUAAGGAAAGGAAAGGUCCGCAGGACCUCUUUACGCGUUAAGUAAGGGUGUAAAUAGUUGGGGGCUAGCCAGAAGCAUAUCUAUUUAUGGUGACUUGUGCGGUGUAGUUCAUCAUGUUGCAGUUGCGGGGAAGCCGCAGAUGCAGUCUUCUCGGAUAAUCUGAAGAACCUGUUGCCGUGGCUCCCGACUUCAUUCUUUUGCGACUCUGCAAACAGCCCGAGGUUUUGAGAAUCGAUCUCGCUAGCCAUCCGGAAAUAUUAUACAUGGUCCUCAACAAAGACAUCAGACAUGCACCAGAAAAGUUCGGCUGUUCGUCGGAGUACGGUACUGCGGGCAAAACCAAACGACUUCCAAAAGACAUCGACAUAGGAUAGGUAUAUGUCACCGGGCAGGCUUUCUAAUGUAGCAGUAUGGUAUAUCAAUAUUAGAUUGGGUACCGGCCUCCAUCGUCGCCAUUCAGGCCAAUAAACGAUGUUUGGACACUUUUGAAUGGCGAGCCGGGGACCUUGCAACAGACGCGGUUAAUUGUGCUUGAACAUGUAUUGCAGCGCAGCUUUGGAGAGC